CCUCAAGUGAACGCACUACCGAUUGAGCUAGAUCACGCCCCAUCUUUUGCGGUGCGACUCUGCCUGUGUUGACUUUUCUUUUGUCUCCCAGUAUACACUUAACGUAUCAACUGCUUUCAGAUACAUGACACAUGGUUUACAAACGAAUCGGUUUCAAUUUUGAGUGGGCACUACGCUGUGUGUACAUACCGUAUGCCUUGACCUUCUGGCAUGCUAAGAAAGGAAUGACGAGGUUUACAUAACACCUAUGUGUACAUACGACGAUGUGCCACUCGUGCCGCGGUGCUACUGGAAUUAACUCACUGAGGAUAGACUAGUUUCCGUGUAAUAUAAAUAUAUUUGUUUGGAUUACUUCUGAAAGGACGUAAGUUAAAGGACGUGCUGUGAAAUUCGGUCAGCGUGGAAUUUUUAACAGGAAAUUGUGAAUUCGUCAUUAAUGUGUCACGACCUUACAGCGAUUAGACAUCACUUUCGUGACACAGUGUGCCCCCUCGCGGAAUACGCUCAGUUUGCUUACUUUCUUUCUCUCUCUUUUGUUGUAAGUACAGGGACAAAGGAAAUUGUGCAUUUACCGAGAAGACGUGCAUGUUUUUUCAAAUGGAUAUACUGCAAUUUUCGUUUGUGUGUUAAAGGAGUGAAGGUCUUGUUACACAGUUUACAGACGACAGCAACAUCUGUCAUGGGGUGUAUUCACAGCGAUGUUUCCGCGGGACACGCCGAUGUUAGGGCCGUAUCCUAUACGAGGCGAUCACGGAAACAGACGAACCAAGAACGCCAACAUCGGAAAAUGACGGACAUUUACGGAGAGCUCAGCCACAAGGAAAACAAUCGGAAAAUAGCCGAUUGUCAGUCAAAACAUUUAUCCAACAUCUUACAGACAGAACUGGACACGGAAUCGCAGCACCAUCCCGCCAAAUGUUGCAAAUCGCGCUACAUUACGAAGUUCCCGGCGUGGCGGAAAUACGAAAAAUGUUCGUUCUGUGUCGUAAAGGAGGGCCGAAGGAUGAGCGCCGAGGAGGAUGUCAUCAAGAUCACGAGCAAAAGUCAAAGGUCAAGUCUGUGUAAAAGGUGCACCCGAACGUCAAAGCCCACGCCGCUGAGCUACCCCAAUAACCACAACACUAACUUUAAAAAACCGAUCAACGUGUCCUCGUUCGCCAAUUUGCUGGCUCUGUCUGCUCUUGACUUGACGGCACCAGCUAGUGACGCUCUGCUGAAAAACAGGAAGAAUGCUUGGAUACAGCUUGCAGGACACCCAGGUUCGUUUGCGCCGGCGGGUCCGAACACGAUCUGGAAGAAGCGCAUCACGAAGGAGAAUUAUGAGACGAAGACGUACGAAGCGUUGAUGGACGACCCCAACACGGAGAGCAUCAUCCCCUGCUUCUACCGUGAAGUAGAAUACAAUGCAGAGUUCUUUAUAGAAAUUGAAGAUCUACUACAACAUUUUAAUGAUCCUAAUAUUAUGGACAUUAAAAUGGGAAAAAGAACAUUCCUCGAAUCCGAAGUAAAGAAUGCUGUGUUAAGAAAAGAUUUGUAUGAAAAGAUGAUCGCCUUGGAUCCUAACGCUCCGACAACAGAGGAGAGAGAGAACCAAGCGAUCACUAAACUCCGAUACAUGCAGUUUCGCGAACAAGAGAGUUCCACUGCAGAUCUGGGCUUCAGAAUUGAUGCAAUUAGGAUGUCCGGCGAGAUGCCGCACGCGAAUCUUAAGAAAACGAAAAGCAAGGAGCAGGUGUCGUGUGUAGUUCGGCAGUUUUUAGGAUCAAGCAAAGCUUUACCAGUCAUCUGUCGACGUCUUCGAGAUAUUAGACAUAGAUUCGAGUGUUCAAAAUUCUUUACUACACAUGAGAUUAUUGGAAGCUCCCUCCUCAUCAUGUAUGACAAGCAAGACAAGUCUGGAGUGUGGAUGAUCGAUUUCGCCAAAACCAUUCCCAUCGAUGCAGGGAUGGUUUUGAAUCACCGGUCACCAUGGCAACUGGGAAAUCACGAAGAUGGCUACCUCAAUGGCAUGGACAGUUUGAUAGAAGUUUGUGAGGGGUUGCUGAAAGAACAAUCAACAAGUGUUGAGAAUGAAAGAACUGAGACUUGAAAAAAUAUAUAACCUGCCGUUAAAGAGGAAAUAUUCAUAGCACGAGGGAAACAACCUCGGUGUGUUUCAUUUUGAUUGGUUGUUAUUUGCAGCAAAUGCAAACUGAUUGGUUGUUGUUUUUUUAACUUGAGGAAACCGAUUGGUUAUUCGUUAAAACUGAGCAAGCUGAUUGCUUGUUUUUAUAAACUGAGCAAGCUGAUUGCUGUUUUUAUAAACUGAGCAAGCUGAUUGCUUGUUUUUAUAAACUAAGCAAACUGAUUGGUUGUCUGCUUUUAAAACUGAGCAAACCAAUUGGUUGUUUUUAAGCUGAGCAAACUGGAUUGGUGGUUUAUGAGGGUAUGAAGAGAACUGACUUUGCUUGCAGCCAAUGAUGUUUCUGUGAGAGAAAAAACAAUGGUCGUUGGACUGAAGACUGCAAAUUAAAAUGAAUGUACCAGUGAUCAAGGGGAACAAAUUAUUUUGUACAGUUCUACCUCUCAUGGCAGCAGCUAGUGUAAAAAUAUCGAGGUGGAGGGAAGGGAUAAAACAGAAAGAUCUGGCCACUAAUAUAGUCUUUAGUUCCACAAAAAAGCUCUUUUAAACUAAAAUGAGUGAUUUUUAGCUAAAAGGGCAAUUUUUUUACUGAAAAAGGUGAUUUUUUAACUAAUAGGGGCAAUUUUAAAUUAAAGGGCACUUUUUAUAUUUUUCUGCCU